GAGUAGAGCGUGUGCUUUACCCAAAUUUAUGGGUUGGUUCAUUUGGGUUGAUCCGGUUGACCCAUGAACCCGACCCGACCAAAAACUGCCAUAAGGCAUACUUCUCUGCUACGUCUCGGAGUUUUAGGGUUUAAGCACAUACGCUUCUUCAUUUUCGUGUUUUCAGAAAACAGAGCCGUUGACAGAAACCAAAACCCCUUGGAUUCCUUCAAAUUAAACUCAAACCUCUAUAACUGUUUUUCUUUCUGAUUCUUUGGAUUUCAAUUGAAAAUGGACAAGAAAGUUAUUGCAGACUUGGAUAAUCUUCCUGAAGAAGAUAAACAAAGAAUGUCCACCAUGGUAGACCAGCUCCAAACCCGAGACAGUCUAAGGAUGUAUAAUUCAAUAGUGGAGAGAUGCUUCAAGAAUUGUGUCAAUACGUUCUAUCGAAAAUCCCUGACCAAGCACGAGGAAACAUGUGUUCUUAGAUGUGCUGAAAAAUUCGUGAGGCUUUCAACUCAAGUUGGUUUGAGAUUCUCAGAUCUCAACCUAGGAGCAUCUACAAAAGAUAAUGGCUUAUAGCUGAUACAGGUGUUUGUAAAACAUCCUUUGGAGUGUUAAAAAAAAGCCUCCAGAAUUUUUUUGUAUCUCUCAAAUCAUUUUUAUAGUAUUCUGUUCCUCUUCAUUGCUAUUAACCAGGAAUUGUUUGUGACAAGUGAAAUUCCUUUAGACAUAAUAAGAUGAAAUGGAAUUUAUGGUUAAGAGGGAGAAUGGUGAACUCUGUUUUUACAAGACUAUUGACCCUUGGGGAGUAGUAUUUUAAGACCCCUGUAAUAUCUGUCUGAACACUGGAGCUGCAACUGGGAAAUUUAACUUCUUUUUCUUCA